CAUUUCUGAAGUUACUUCGUUUUCAACCAAUAAGCAAAAUUUCUUUUUGGAAAAUAACAAAUAACCAAAUUUUAUAAUUUCUCUCUUUCUUACUGGCAUAAUAAAUGAAAUCCAAUAAUGGCCUCAUCUCUUGCAUUAUUCAGUGAUCCAAAAAGACUUUAAAAAUUGAGUGACAAAGACGAACGAAGACCACGAUUAGCUCUUCCCAUGGCUUCUUCACUGAAGAAGCUUAUCUCAAGCUUUCUACUUGUCUUAUACUCCACCACCAUCAUUGUUGCUUCAUCAGAAUCUCGAUGUAGGCGUUUUAAAUCGAUCAUCAGCUUUGGUGAUUCCAUCGCAGACACCGGAAAUUAUCUCCAUCUCUCUGAUGUCAAUCACCUUCCUCAAUCCGCCUUUCUUCCUUAUGGCGAAAGCUUCUUCCAUCCUCCCUCCGGUCGUGCCUCUAAUGGCCGUCUCAUCAUCGACUUCAUUGCCGAAUUCUUGGGACUACCAUACGUACCGCCUUACUUUGGAUCCCAAAACGUUAGCUUCGAACAAGGGAUCAAUUUUGCGGUGUAUGGAGCAACCGCAUUGGACCGAGCGUUUCUUUUGGGAAAAGGAAUUGAAUCUGAUUUCACCAAUGUUAGUUUAAGUGUUCAGCUUGACACCUUCAAGCAGAUUUUGCCUAACUUAUGCGCCUCGUCUACUCGUGAUUGCAAAGAGAUGCUUGGAGACUCGCUGAUACUCAUGGGAGAGAUUGGAGGAAACGACUAUAAUUACCCAUUUUUUGAAGGAAAAAGUAUCAAUGAAAUCAAAGAGCUUGUUCCUCUAAUCGUCAAAGCUAUUUCUUCUGCUAUUGUGGAUUUGAUUGAUUUAGGGGGCAAAACAUUUUUGGUACCCGGAGGCUUCCCAACAGGAUGUUCUGCGGCGUAUCUUACUCUAUUUCAGACCGUGGCAGAAAAAGACCAGGACCCUUUAACAGGUUGUUACCCAUUGCUCAACGAAUUUGGCGAGCACCACAACGAACAGCUAAAGACAGAACUCAAGCGACUCCAAAAAUUCUAUCCUCAUGUCAACAUCAUUUACGCUGACUACCACAACUCCUUAUACCGGUUUUAUCAAGAACCAGCUAAAUACGGGUUUAAGAACAAACCUUUAGCUGCUUGCUGUGGAGUCGGAGGUAAAUACAACUUCACUAUUGGUAAGGAGUGUGGAUACGAAGGAGUUAACUAUUGUCAAAAUCCUUCUGAGUAUGUGAACUGGGAUGGUUAUCAUUUAACCGAAGCCGCCUACCAGAAGAUGACUGAGGGUAUACUCAACGGUCCCUAUGCAACUCCUGCUUUCGACUGGUCCUGCCUUGGCUCUGGUACAGUGGAUACAUAAAGGGUAUUCUUUCAGCAGUAAGAAUUCAUUCGUUGUAAAAAAUCAAAGAGGAAGAAAAUUAUGUGAUGAUGAUGAUGAUGAUGAUGAUUAACAAAAACAUUGCUUGUACGGCAAGACUUGACUAAUGACAAAACUUCCGAGGAUAUAUGGCUAUAUGCAUAUAUCUUAUCACUGAAAAAUACCACACGCAAAUAGAAAAUCCUAUAUAUACGGUUCGUAGCACUAGUUGCACUCUAGUUACAAUGUUGAGAAAAUCUGGAAGUACGUAUAAUUUUAAGACCAUUCUAAGUUUAUAAACAGUUCCCUGGAA